AUGUCACAGGAAGUAGGUACUUCACCGUCGAAGAAUCACCAGGAGGAUUGUGUCGAGUCUAUCGAGCAUCAUGAGGAACAACCAAGCAACCUGCAGCAUGAAGAUCAGCCUGCGUCCAGUCAGGGAAACAGACAAGACAAGGCUUUGCAGUUGAUUGAGGAUUUAGGACACUCAACUAUCCUAACACCCGAAAACAACAAGCGCGUCCUUAGAAAAAUCGAUCUUCGCCUACUCCCUAUCCUCCUGGUGAUCUAUUUCCUCCAACAGUUGGACAAGUCCACGCUAUCAUAUGCAUCAGUCUUUGGUCUUGUGGAGAAGACUCAUCUUCAUGGCAAUCAAUACUCAUGGCUUGGUGCCGUCGUGUAUGUGGCCCAGCUGGUAUUUCAGCCUCUGGUCUCUUACCUCUUGGUCAAGGUCCCGAUGGGGAAGUUCCUGGCCGUCUCGGUUUUAUUCUGGGGUAUUGCAUUGUCAUGCAUGACUGCCGCUGAGAGUUUUACCACCCUCAUGGUGUGCCGACUGUUUCUUGGUAUCUUUGAGGCUGGUCUGGCCCCUGCCUUCAUUGCGGUGACCCAAAUGUGGUACCGACGUCGCGAACAGCCGAUCAGAUUGGGUUCAUGGUAUGCCAUGAACGGUGUUGUGAACAUGUUUGGAAGCUUGAUCACCUAUGGUCUGGGACACAUCAGCUCGCCCGUCUUUGCUUCUUAUCAGAUUAUUUUCCUCUUCUUUGGCCUUCUGACAGUGGCAUUUUCGAGUGUUGUCUUGAUUUUCAUGCCCGAUUCGCCGAUCAAGUCCAAUUUCAUGUCAGAAGAAGAUAAACUAGUGGCUAUUGAGAGAUUGCGGAUGAACCAGCAGGGCAUGGAAACUCAUGAAUGGAAAUGGGAUCAUGUAAAGGAAGCUUUUCUAGACCCAAAGUCCUGGUUCUGGUUUGCUUUGAUGGUCUCUAUCUCAAUUCCGAGUGGAGGUAUUACUACCUUUGGCCCCCUCAUUAUCGAAGACUUCGGAUUCAAUGAUCUAAACACAAUCCUGCUGAACAUUCCAUUUGGUGCGAUCCAACUGAUCGCCACAAUGGGUGGUGCUUGGCUGGCUACCUCUUGGCAGAAAAAGGGCCCUGUCCUCGCUCUUUUGUGUCUUCCACCCAUCGCUGGCUCUGUGAUGCUACUGAAGAUCAGCCACGACGUUCAUCACAAGGUUCCUCUCCUGAUUGGAUACUACAUUAUCUCAGUAUAUCCCGGAAUCACACCAUUGAUCUAUUCUUGGUCUGCAGGUAACACUGCGGGUGAAACCAAAAAGAAGGUCACUACAUCUAUCCUAUAUGUAGGGCAGUGUGUUGGAAACAUCAUUGGACCCAAUCUUUACACCACAGAGGAGGCCCCACUUUAUCGCCGAGGACUCAACUCCAGCCUUGCCAUGUUUUGUGUUUUGUGGCUACUCAUUAUGUUGAACAUGGCAUACCUGUCAUUCCUCAAUAAGAAACAGGAGAAGAGACGUGUCGCAGCAGGCAAGAGUGCCAAGGUCGUUGAUCACUCCAUGUUUGCUGUUGGUGCCGUGCCAACUGACAAAGAAGGGGCCCCGGUCGAGGAAAUUGCUGAUGAUAAUGCCUUCAAGGACUUAACUGACCGGCAGAACGAGGAUUUUGUUUACGUAUACUAA